AUGGUACUGGUGAACUUUCUCGAUGGUGCAGGGUUUGAUGCCAACAGCCAUACCCUUGCCCUUGUCUAUGCGACCACUCCAGGCGAAAUCAUUUCCGUAUCGUCGCUCCGCGAAUUUCGAGCCAACACACUCAGCCAAGAUGAUGUGUUUCAACCCGAUUUCGCAACGAACUUGAUCUUCUACGGAAGUGAUGAAACAGACCUCGCUAUCGAGCCCGAUGCUCUUGAGGAACUGAAGGCGUGGAAUGUCCGGCGGCACUGCGUCCUAGAAAGUAAUCAGUCUCAUUCACCGUAUCUGGCUGCCCCGGGCCCGCAGGACCUGGCAACCGUGGAGAAUCUACCACGAUUUCAAUGCCUGUUUUAUGGUCGCGCUCAAGCCUUCAGCCAUAAACUCUUCGAGAUAAGUGACAGAUCAGCGAGCCACGCUAUAGCUAGCAUAAUCCACACAAAGCUAACUUCGCUUACUUUGAUUGCAGUCGACGCUCCAUAUGCUGGAGUGAAUGGAAGAAUCGUGGUGCCUUCGCGCUGCUAUUACAAGCCAACCAAGGAUCGUCCCCUCGCUGGUGCUAGGAUCAGCGUUAAGGACAAUAUCGACGUCGCUGGCCACAAGACGACUUUGUGUAACCGAGCCUGGACCGACCUUUAUCCAGCGAAGACAAAGAACGCUGCCUGCAUCCAGACGCUUAUCGAUGCAGGCGCUGUCAUAGUCGGGAAGGUCAAGUUGCAAGCAAUGAUAAUGAGAGAAGAGCCUCUCGAAUGUGUCGAAUUUACGGCCCCAUUCAACCCCCGUGCCGACGGGUAUCAGGUACCGUCGGGAAGCAGCCACGCGAGCGCAGCCAGCAUUGCUUCGUAUGAAUGGCUAGACUUCUCAGUCGGGUCUGAUAAGUUGUGGAAACGAGACUGCCCUGACGGUGAAAUCCAUGGGGAUAUUGCUAAAUACCUUGAAACUGCUGGAAUCUAUCCCUUCUAUCAUGAUCAGUAUUAUAGCCUUGAAAGCUUUAGGAAUGAAUACGCACAGAAAUUCGGGAGGCCAGCAUUUGUCCAGAGAGCUCUUCACUGGCAGUGGGAGGUCGGGAAGGCCGUAACCAAAGAGGAGCGUAAUGAGUGCUGGCGUCGCUCAGAGGUCUACCGCCACUGGAUGCUAGACAAAGUCUUCAAGGCAGACUCACCAGAAACAGUCGUUAUCAUGGCCCUUCCUAUUGAAGCUGGGCAGCCAAACUACCGAGACGCUCCUCUGCCGCCCUACUCACUUCUGAGCGGAUACGCUGCGUUGAACAUGUCUCCCAUGCUUCGCGCGCCCGAGGUUACCGCCCCAGUGGGUGACAUUCCAUACAUGUCAACCGUGACAUAUAAAGAGGAGUCACUUCCAGUCAAGGGAGACCCUAGCUAA